AUGUCGUCCAAGAAGCCCACCGGUAAGACCCAGCGCUCGGCCAUCGCCGACGUUGUCGCCCGCGAGUACACCAUCCACAUGCACAAGCGCAUGCACGGUGUCACCUUCAAGAAGAGGGCUCCUCGCGCCAUCAAGGAGAUCAAGGAGUUCGCUUACAAGGCGAUGGGUACCACCGAUGUCCGCAUCGACCCCCAGCUCAACAAGAAGGUCUGGGAGCAGGGUGUCAAGGGCGUUGCCUACCGUCUCCGUGUCCGUAUCUCGCGCCGCCGUAACGACGAGGAGGGCGCCAAGGAGAAGCUCUACAGCUACGUCCAGGCCGUCAACGUGAAGAACCCCAAGGGUCUCCACACCGUUGUCGUUGAGGAGUAA